ACCACCACCCCCCCCCUUCCCUACCUUUCUCCCACCGGAGCCACACAUACAUACGUAGAGCAGUAAAAAAUAGGAAUAAUACCGCCCCUCAUACCAGAAUGCCGUCGGACAUCGAGACCUUCGAGAACAUCUUCCUCGACCUCUCCCGCACACCAGGUCGUUUCCGCUUCGCCCCGAGUGGAAUGGGCUGGCGUCCGACCACUGGCGAGAUCUGGAAGAUGGCGAACACAGAGCUGAGUACGGCACAAUGGAGCCGCGCGGCGCGCGGGUACGAAUUGAAGCUGUUCACGCGAACCAUGGGCAUUGUGCAACUGGAUGGGUUUGAGCUCGAUGUGAGUUACAUCCCCUCCCCCAUCCAAAUUCCAAGCUCAUACUAACACGGUGGCGAAACUGCUACAACAGGACCUGGACAGAGUCAAGGAAUGCCUCAAGGCAUACUACAAGGUCAACCUCGAGCACCGCGAGCACGCACUGAAGGGCUGGAACUGGGGCAAGGCCGAGUUUUCAAAGUCGGAAUUGUACUUUAACGUUGCCAACAAGCCCGCUUUCGAGAUCCCCUUUGCCGAAGUGUCGAAUUCGAAUCUUGCCGGGAAGAAUGAGGUCGCGGUCGAGUUUGCUACCGCUGAUGCGGGCGGCGGCGGAACGGACGAGGCUGGGAAUAAGAAGAAGAAGAAGGCUGCGGCGCAACUGGACCAGCUUGUUGAGAUGAGGUUUUAUGUUCCGGGGACCGUAAAGAAGGGGGAUGAAGAUGCCGGUAGCGAUGCUGAGGGUGAAGAGAAGGAGAUGAGCGCUGCAAAUCUGUUUUAUGAUACGCUUAAGGAGAAGGCCGACAUCGGGGAGGUGGCGGGAGAUACCUAUGCCACGUUUUUGGAUAUCUUGUUUCUUACUCCUCGGUUUGCUCCCCCGCCUUGCUCCUCCUCCUACCGAUACUAAUAAUAGCCUUACAGAGGUCGUUACGACAUAGACAUGUACGAGUCCUCCUUCCGCCUACGCGGGAAAACCUACGACUACAAAAUCCAAUUCGAGAAUGUCAAAAAGUUCUUCCUCCUGCCGAAGCCGGAUGACGUGCACAACAUGAUAGUGAUAGGCCUAGACCCACCCCUCCGCCAAGGCCAAACCAAAUAUCCCUUCCUCGUAAUGCAAUUCAAGCGUGAAGAAGACAUGGAAUUCGACCUGAAUAUCACUGAAGACCUCCUCAACGAGAAGUAUGCGGGCAAACUGCAAAUGCACUACGAAAAUCCCGCGCAUCAAGUCGUCUCGCAGAUCUUCAAAGGCCUGACCGGCAAGCGCGUAAUCACGCCAAGCAGGGACUUUUCCUCUCACCACCAACAAUCCGGCGUGAAGUGCUCCUUGAAAGCCAACGAGGGCCACCUCUUCUGCCUGGACAAAGCCUUCAUCUUCGUCCCGAAGCCCGCGGUAUUCAUCACCUUCGACAGGACCGCACACAUCACCAUGUCACGAGUUGGAGGUAGUGUCUCCGCCUCUAGAACAUUCGAUGUGACCGUCUCGCUCAAGUCGUCCGAGGGCGGCGGCGAGUACCAAUUCAACAAUAUCAACCGCGAGGAGCAGUCCUCACUGGAGGACUUUUUCAAGAGCAAGAACCUGCGCAUUAAGAAUGACCUCGUCGACGACUCUAGCGCGCUCCUCGCUCAGGCUCUCAAGGACCAGGACAUGGACGACGACGACGACGUUGCUGCUGCUAGGGGCUCUGCCGACGAAGACGAGGAGAGCGUUGACGAGGAUUUCCAGGCCGAGAGCGAGAGCGAUGUUGCCGAGGAGUACGAUAGUGCGCAUGAGAGCUCUGGCGGAAGUGAUGAUGAGGAUGGGCCCGGCGGGGAGGACGAAGAUGACGAGGAGGAUGAGGAGAUGAGAGACGCGGAGGUGGAGGUUCGUGAGGAUGGCCCCGCGAAGAAGAAGAUUAAGACUUCGAAGAAGUAGAUCGCAAGUUUUCCAUCUGUUGAUAGAUCGAGUCUAUUAGGGAGGGAGUGUGCGGGGUCAUUGUGGGAGAGUCUUGUAUCUUACGUGCUGCUUUCUUCUUACACAUUUUUUUCUCCUUUCUUCUACGAUAGCGGGUACCACGUUGGCUCUUAUACCGCGUGACGGAGUGGCUUAGGUGGGUGGGAUAAUAGGGUUUCUUGCAGCAAUUGGUGAACAAAAGUUUUUAGUUUUUUUUUCUCCCGUC